ACGCCCGCAUGAUUUUUUUUAUUUUAUUUUUUUUAUUUAUUUUUUUUGUUCUUAUUAAAGGUGUUCGGCGCUCGACGGUCAGCAGUCACUUUUUGCAGUGUGCGGGAUAUAAAGCGAGGGAGUGGCGGCGCUCAGCUAUGGCUCCGAUGUUGCCGGCAAGUGUGCGCCGCUCGCCCAUGGAGGCUGGCCGGGGGAGGAAGGACCUGACGGCCGCCUUACGGAUCGACCUGCUCGGCUUCUUAACGAUCCGCUUGAAGAAGUUCCACGCGGACUGUUGUUAACGUCACUCCGACACAAGGACCGCCACUGCCGCCUCAGAGCGUAAGUGCACCAUGAGGAGCGAUUAAUGUCCUCUCCCGCCGAGUGCCUCCUUCCUUGUGGAUUUUAAUGGACGUUAAGACAGGAAGUGGGCCACCCGGCUCCAUGGGGUUUGACAACACCACCAACCAGACGCUCCCCGGGGUCACCCCUUUGAGCCUGCACAUCUCCUUGCCGCUCAGCGUGCUGGUGGGCGUCAUGAUCCUGCUGACGGUCUUUGGAAACGUACUGGUGGUCAUAGCGGUGUUUACGAGCCGGGCCCUGAGGGCGCCGCAGAACCUCUUCCUGGUGUCUCUUGCGUCGGCGGACAUAUUGGUGGCCACCCUGGUGAUGCCCUUCUCCUUGGCCAACGAGCUGAUGGGAUAUUGGUACUUUGGCGAGGUGUGGUGUGAGAUCUAUCUGGCGCUCGAUGUUCUUUUCUGCACCGCCUCCAUCGCUCACCUCUGCGCCAUCAGCUUGGACCGCUACUGGUCCAUCACGCAGGCGAUUGAGUACAACCUGAAGAGGACGCCACGCCGCAUCAAGUGCAUCAUCUUCAUCGUUUGGGUGAUCGCGGCCGUUAUCUCCUUUCCGCCUCUCAUCACCAUGCAGAAGGAGGAGAGCAAGGAGGACCCGGUUUGCAAGAUCAAUAACGACAAGUGGUACGUCAUCUCCUCCUGCAUCGGAUCCUUCUUCGUCCCCUGCGUAAUCAUGGUGCUGGUCUACGUCAGGAUCUACCAGAUCGCCAAAAAGAGGACACGGGCGCCACCGGGGGACAGGAAGCGGAGGGACAAGUCGCCCAUGGCGCCUUCGAACCAGAAGGAGAACGGCUUGGCCGCAGGCGAGGCGGACAAGCUGAAGGAGCAGCAGGACAUCGAGCUGAAGGAAGGAGUCGGCGGCAAAGAGGGCGAGGUCAACGGCGUGGACAUAGAGGAGUCGUCCUCCUCGGACCACAAAGUCAAAAACCCCUGCUCCAUGAAAAAGAAGGCGGCCAAGGGGAGAGGCAAAAUCAAACCGGGAGACGGCGAAGUGCAGAAGAAGAGCACCAAGGGAAGUCGCUGGAAGGGUCGCCAGAACCGGGAGAAACGCUUCACCUUCGUCCUGGCGGUGGUCAUCGGCGUCUUCGUCAUCUGCUGGUUCCCCUUCUUCUUCACGUACAUGCUGCAGACGCUGUGCGAGUCCUGCCCCGUCCCGGACACCCUCUUCAAGUUCUUCUUCUGGUUCGGCUACUGCAACAGCGCGCUCAACCCCAUCAUCUACACCAUCUUCAACAACGACUUCCGCAGGUCCUUCAAGAAGAUCCUCUGCAGGAGGGACAUGAGACGAUACGGCUGACGGACCGCCGCGCUUGUAAAUACCGGUAUUUUCUGCACAUCCUUCAUACACGUACGAUCCUGGUGGGACUGCUUGGAGAGCGUCGGCGUAGCGUUGAGUCAAUCUUUGGACUUCUUGGCCUGUCAGUAUUUCGGGCCACAAUUUGAGACAAAACAAAAGUCCUAGUCACGGUUUUUUUUUUUUUUGAAAGGGGUCCUAUGAUUUUGAAUCAAUAUCUAAAACACUUCCUUGUGGUCUGCAUAACAUGUACCGCAUCGAUUUUACAGACCAUCUUUAAGCCACUUUCUGAUACUCUUCCAAAUGAGCAGUUUUGUGGGCGGUUUUAUUUAAGUGCCAAAGCCCUCCUCCAGGCCACGCCCCCUUCCUUACUUAGACUUAGACAAACUUUAUUGGUCCACAAGGGAAAUUGUUCCACACAGUAGCUCACUUACAAAGGAUGCUGUUGUUAGCUGCACACUACCGACAAAUAUAAGCUAAAACUAUAAACUUUUUUUUUUUUAGCACUCAGUCAGUCUGGCCCGUAACAGAAGGCCAAAGAAAGCGAAGGAACAUCAGAACCGAGACGGUAAAGGCAUCUUGAAGGUUUGUUUGAUAUUAAUUUCCGUCCAUAAAGCUUCAAGUAUACAGGUUCCGUGUCUUUAUAUUGUCUAUUUGAAAGGACUAUGUACAUCCAUGCAGAAAGAUUACAAUAUGAGUAGUCUGUUUAUAUCGCAUCUACUUGGAGGCCGGUUGAGCUAACAAUGCUACAUCGCUAACGUAUUAUUACAUGUGUUUUCAUCUAUGGCAGGGGUGUCAAACGUAUGAACAGGUUUUAUCCGACCCGCGGAAUGAGUUUGCUAAGUAUAAAAAUUAACCUUGAAAUUUUUUAAUGAAAGAAACUGCUGUUCUAAAUGUGUCCACUAGAUGUCGCAAUAGCAAUUCUUUGUAUCUUUGUCAAUACAAAAUAAACCACGUGAUGUUAGUACAUCAGUCGAGGAAAAUGGUCAAACUACAUAAAUAACAUACUGUAAUUUAUCUUGAUGGAUUGAAAAUGAACACCAAUGAGUUGACUGAUGAACAUUAUCACGUAAUUUAUUCGAAAAAUAUCGAUAACGACAAAUAAAGAUAGAAUACUAAGUGUAAAAAAAAUAACCCAAAAAGAUUAUGAUUUGUACAUUUUCGGAAUGUGCUUGUUCUAUUUUUAAACAAAGAUCUGAAGUUGUCUUUAUUUUAG